CCAGAGGUGCCUCCUCCUCCUCCUCCUCCUCCUCCUCCUCCUCCCCGCUCCUGCCCUGCCGGCUCGCAGCGUGCGGCUGGACGGGGACCUGCGCCGGGAGCCGGCCGGGAGCCGGGGAGCAUGGCUUGGGGCGAGUUCAGCCUCCUCCGCUGGCUCCGGGAGAGCCGGCAGUCCAGGAAACUCAUCCUCCUCAUCGUCUUCAUCGCCCUGCUCCUGGACAACAUGCUGCUGACGGUCGUCGUGCCAAUAAUUCCCAGUUACCUUUACAGCAUCAAACAUGAGAAAAAUGCCACACAAAUCCAGACGACUACGCCUAACGUAGUCUCAACAACGAUGGACAAUUUUCAGAGCAUCUUCUCCUACUACGACAACUCGACGAUGGUUACGGGAAACGAAUCUGAUAAGACACGACCCAGAGAGCUGCAUCACACUCAGACAGAACAAAUGACAGUAAAUGUGACUCCUUCCCCAUCUGAUUGCCCCAAGGAAGAUAAGGACCUGCUGAAUGAAAAUGUUCAAGUCGGGCUCUUGUUCGCUUCAAAAGCAACAGUGCAGCUAAUCACUAACCCCUUCAUAGGGCCGCUGACAAACAGAAUAGGCUACCAGAUCCCACUGUUCGCUGGCUUCUGCAUCAUGUUUGUGUCAACAAUCAUGUUUGCCUUCUCUGGAAGCUACACGUUACUGUUUAUUGCCAGGUCCCUUCAAGGAGUGGGUUCCUCUUGUUCUUCGGUGGCAGGGAUGGGUAUGCUCGCCAGUGUAUAUACAGAUGAUGAAGAGAGAGGCAACGCAAUGGGAAUUGCACUAGGAGGCCUCGCUAUGGGAGUAUUAGUGGGCCCACCUUUUGGGAGCGUCAUGUAUGAGUUUGUGGGGAAGAGUUCUCCUUUCCUGGUGCUGGCAGCACUAGCUCUGUUAGAUGGAGCUGUUCAAUUAUUUGUUCUGCAGCCGUCCAGAGCACAAGCAGAAAGUCAGAAGGGGACACCGUUGCUGACACUUUUGAAGGACCCGUAUAUCAUUAUUGCAGCAGGAUCAAUCUGCUUUGCCAACAUGGCGAUUGCCAUGCUUGAGCCAGCGUUACCCAUCUGGAUGAUGGAGACCAUGUGUUCAAAGAAGUGGCAACUUGGCGUUGCGUUUCUCCCAGCUAGUAUCUCUUAUCUCAUUGGGACUAAUCUUUUCGGAAUACUUGCGCACAAAAUGGGAAGGUGGCUUUGUGCUUUACUCGGGAUGCUAAUCGUGGGAAUAAGCAUUUUGUGCGUACCGUUUGCUAAAAACAUUUACGGGCUCAUAGCACCAAACUUUGGAGUUGGAUUUGCCAUUGGAAUGGUGGACUCCUCCAUGAUGCCAAUUAUGGGCUACCUCGUAGAUCUGCGUCACGUGUCGGUCUAUGGCAGCGUGUACGCAAUAGCUGAUGUUGCCUUUUGCAUGGGCUUCGCCAUAGGUCCCUCUGCUGGCGGUGCCAUUGCAAAGGCCAUUGGAUUUCCAUGGCUCAUGACAAUUAUAGGGAUCGUGGAUAUCCUCUUCGCUCCCCUGUGCUUUUUCCUUCGAAGUCCACCUGCCAAAGAGGAGAAAAUGGCGAUACUCAUGGAUCACAACUGCCCUGUUAAAACAAAAAUGUACACCCAGAACAACAUCCAGUCCUACCCCAUAGGUGACGAAGAAGAAGAAUACGAAAGUGACGAAUAACACUGAAAGCCAUAGAACAUGUUUUGGUGUACAAAACGCAGUGUUUCAUGUGAAACGGCUCAUCUAGAAAUAGGUUUCAGUUGCACUGUACAUUUAAUAGUGAAACGGUCAAACCCAACCAAAGGUAUACUAUUCAUCGCCCAUGGUUAUCAAGCAGACUGCGAACCGCCUUAGAAGGAGGGGAAAAGCUUUUCUAGAGGAUUUGUAUAGUGUUAAUCUUUAUUUUGUGUAUUUAAUUUUAUUGAAUAUUACACUAUAUUUUUGAUUAAGUGUGUAGUACAAAUCUGUAUAAACAUGUGAAUUUAAAAUAUUUGCGUUUGUUUUAACGUCAACUCAUUGACCCCAUGUUUCAUAUUUUGUUUGGAGUCAUGAGUUGCCGGUAAGAGCUUGGGAAUUUCUUAUCUAAUUGAAAGGAAAAGAAAAAAAAAAGAAAAAGCAAAGCUCAAAGAAAACUUAACCCAAUUGAUCUCCUCCUGCCCUGUACCCGGCCAGGUGCAUCCACAGGAGCUGGAAUUCAGAGUGUGGACAUCACUACAAGGGGGGUUUUUUUUUUCAACAACUUCAGAUCAUGUAUUAGUAAAAUAAAGGCACAUCUUUUUUUGUUAGUAAAAUAAAAGGCACAUGGAAUGUUGGGGAAAACAGUAUUUUAAACAGCUGAGUGCAUAGCUAUUAGUCAGUAGUAUUUAACGAAGUUUUCGCUAACCAGGUGUGCAACAUGAAGGCCCCAACAACACCCCCCCCGCCCCCGGUGAACAAGUUAGGUACGAAUGUGCCCUUCCCUUUCCCUUAAAGGGAAUAAGAACGUCAUAAAGAUACUUUUCAUAUUUCUAGCUUUUGAAUCUUUUAAUUUUAACAUAUCUCAACUUUAUUUUAGAUGCAUCUUAGGUGACUGGUUAAGAAAAGCUGCGGUAUCACAGUAUUUAAUCUCCGCAGGAACUGAGAGUAAGAGGAUAAGCAGUUCAAACAAAAAAAACCUUAUUUCAUGUGAUGUGCACGCUCAUCUAGAAACUCAAUAUAUAUUUAUUUUUCAAAAAAAUGAAGUUAAAAUAUCAACUUUGCUAACAACAAUAAAAAAAAACCCGACCCAUUUGUUGCCAAUCUCUCUUACCAUUUGGGGGCACAGCCUAAGACAGGAAAAGCACCGUAUUUGGCAGCCCCUUCCUGCACUGGGAGAAAUCUGACUUUUAAAGAAAGCAUUUUAAAACAAUCCCAACAUCCGUAUCAACCAUGGUGUACCUUUUCAUUUGUCAAAUUAAAAAUCUUUACGUGCCUUCUUCCAUGUAAUUGCAGAUGGUUUAUGUACUACAGCAUAGAUACUAUGUUUACAUCUAGUUUUGUAAAGUGUAUAGACUACGGUCAGAAAAUAUGAAAGACAUAGUGGAUCAAAGUUCGAGUAUUGCUUUGUCAAUAAUUAUGCAUUCAGACCGCAUUAAAAUAAAGUUAUCUGAAAGAAGUUCA